CCGUACUCCCGGGACUCCCACUGCCAACCGGUACCUAUCCCCGCUUGCAUGCGUGGUGCUUCCGGAUGUCGGAGACUGCAUAUGACGCAGCACCGGCACGAGCGAGAACACUGCAGAGGCAACUGCCCAGCUGCCCUAUGUACCAGGUAUGUCCCUAUUCCCGCAAGCCCAGGCGUACAUAGUGGAGCUGAGCAGCGCACAUCCCAUCACAGCACAUCACAGUACAGCACGGUACCGUACGGUUGGUACUCUUCAUACCCAUACAUACCCGGAGAACACGGACAAGGCGGGCGGGCGGGGAUUCUCCUCCUCCUCCUCUCCUCCACUCCUCCUCUCCUCCUCUCCUCCUCUCCUCCUCUCCUCCUCUCCUCCACUCCUCUUCUCCUCCACUCCUCCUCUCCUCCACUCCUCCACUCCUCCUCUCCUCCUCUCCUCUUCUCCUCCACUCCUCCUCUCCUCCACUCCUCCACUCCUCCUCUCCUCCUCUCCUCCUCCUGCACGGCUGCUCAUGUCGAAUGGAGCCAUCAUAGGACGAAAGAGAGUGCAGCCACUAGCAGUGAGGACUAGCCCCGGCAGCUAGAGCCUCUAGAGUAGAAUCCCCACCCUGCCUGCCCGCCUCGCCUCGCCUGGGCUGCCGGCUAACGAUAGAUGAUAGCUGAUUGAUUGACUGAUC